AUGAACGGUGGAAAUCUGUUUCCAGGGCCCGUCAGCGAGAAGCUGAAAUCAAACGAAAAUACCGAGGAUGAGAAGGUUCAGUGCGUGGGCGUCAUCUGAAAAAUUUGCAGUUUUAGACACUGGCCGAAGAUGAUCAGAAUGACAAGAAUUCGGGAGCGAUGAAUCAUCGAUUUGAGAAGGUAUCGGUGAAUUUGGAGAGGGGCGUCGGAAAGAAGUUCGGACUCGGAAUCGUGCUCGUUCAUCAACGCAUUCUCGUGUGCAAAGUGGAGAACGGUAGUUGGUCGAUUCGCAAUCACAUACUUAGUUAGUAGCUCUCAGAUUCGGUGGUAGACGGAGUGCUCAAAGUGGGCGACCAGAUCCUGCAGGUGAAUAAGAAGGUAGUGAGCAACAAGGCCGAGUGCCGGAAGCGUCUGAUGACAUGUCUCAAGGACAAGGGAUGCGUCGAAGUGAUCAUCCUGCGUCCGAAGACGAGCGACGCAGUGACGAUGAUCGAGCAGGAGAUACAACUUUCCAAGCAACCGAGCGUCGAAAACCUCAAAGCACCCUCUAAAUCUGGAUAA